GGGGGUGCCAAAAGGGAAAGAAUAACUGCUCAAAGCGCUGCAUAUGUUUGAAGAAUGGUUCGAAAGCAAAACAGCCUGCCCAUGAUCUUUUCCACUGAAUAGCAGCGGCCAGCUACCACACGGUGUUAAGCUUAUAACAGAAAACGCCAAAACAAAUUAGGAAGAAAAACUACCCACCAUGUACAGUCACGAGGGAAUCUCUGAAUCAACCGAUAUGACGUGCGGAGGUCAUUCACAAUCUGAUAACGCACUGGCGUCGGCUAAGAAUGUGGACGGAUUUAAAUGCGAUACAUCGAAGAAAGGCUCUCACUACUCAUCCGGACUCAAAUCGUCAGGGGACUGUAAUGCCAUCCUGGAACAGCCUAUGUCCAACACCGCGACCGCAGCGAUACCCGCUCCGCUUCCAGCUUCAGUGCGAAGGUACAGACUGCAGAAGCAACACACGACAGGCGACAUGUGUAUUGGCACAACCAACUCUCCUGGUGUUCCACGAAAACUGUCUGCCCCGGCACUUGACAAAGGGUCACUCACCCCAGGCAUGCGGAAAAAAUACUUAAAGGAGCUGUUGUUGACCAAAACCGGCCUCAGUAGCAUAUUUCUGACUUCUGAUAUCGCUAGCGCAUAUUCAAAGGACCUUGACAGCGAUGGCAUCCCACAGGCGUCAGAAGAAAGUGCUAAUAUCCGCACAUUUUGGGCGCUGGACCCGACAGAACACGCCUGGAUGCUGUCCGUGGUGGAUGGAAACUUUGACAUCAUUGUGGGUUAUCUGUCGAUUGAUUCCAGUUUGUUGACCAAAAAAGAUUUUGUAACUGGUUUCACUGUUCUUCACUGGCUGUCAAAAUAUGGAAAACACGAGACUCUAAUACAGCUUUUGAGGCAUGCGGAGAAGCAAGGAUUAGCAGUUGAUAUUAACAUAAAGGCCAGUGGUGGUUACACGCCACUUCAUGUUGCGGUAAUGCAUGGUCAGUACAUGGUGGUUAAGAUUCUGGUGGGUGCGUUUUGCGCAAGUGUGGACGAUAUGGACUACAGUGGACGCAGAGCAUGGCAGUAUCUCCGGACAAACGCUUCGGCUGAGAUAAAGGAGCUACUUGGAGCUAUGAACGAUGAAGGCGGCAGAGCCCAUGGAUAUGAGAACGCAAAUAACAACAGCGCUUCUGCUGCGCAUUACCUCCAAGGGGUCCAAUACGGAAAAGAGCGCCGUCCUGUUCAAAGAAGCCAACUUUGUGGGUUUGUGAGAAGGCUUAUCGCUUACUUUAUGCAAUAUUGGACAUAAACAACAGAGAAACACAGUCAAUAUUAACUCCUAAAUAACAUUCUAUUAAUAAAACAUUGUGUUGUUUGUAUCGAUUCAAUGCGAAAAAGAUUCAUUAUUACCCAUAGAAGGGCGAUACAUUAAGUCCAAUUAUUUUUUUAACCUGCUUAAAAUAGAAGGUGUAUCGUUAUUUUUUGGGGAAAAGCAUAGCCCUAUUUGGUAGGCCUAAUACAUCCUGUUUUGUAAUCCUCUCAAAAAAACCAAAGAGGAACAUAAUUUUGCUCAUGUCAUGCUGUCCAGCUCCGGGGGUCUCAAUAAGGACAACUGUAGGCCAGACAGAACUGACAGAACUGUUCCCGAUGCUGGUGCUUUCAUCAGUAAAUAACCUAUAUUGAA